AGUAAGUCAGUCAGUGUCAGAGAGCGCGCCGAGCUGGCGUGUUGCAUCGCGCGUUUCGUGAGGUGGUGUCUGUCACUACUAACCCUGGGCUGUGUAGAAAGUUCAACAAAUAUUUUGGUGAAGUGUGAUUUGAAAGUACAAAUAUAAAAAUAGUUUUCAUUCAUAAAAAAUUAAAACGUGGUGCGUGUAAAAUAAAAUUUAAUCAAAUUGUGCGAAAGUUGGCAGUACUUAUAGUGUGAUGUGUGGAGUGCCUUGGCACUUGUGAAGUAAUGUUUAUCAAAGCCGGGCCGGGAACGGCCGAACAGGAGCGUCGUGGCUCUGUCUCCAAUUGGUUUUCAUCAUUACGGCGAGGUGCUGGACGACGCAAACGCGAGGAAUCCGCUGUGCCGACGAGUUACGGAUCAUUAGGCAGGAGGAAAGAUGGGGGACAACCACGUGGCAAGACGCGAUCCGCCUGGGACCUUACCACCAUUGCAAGACUGCAACUCAAAGAUGAACUCGGCGAGGUGGUGGCCGAGUUGGAGGCCUUGGAUGGCCAGGAAGAAUGCAAGCAGAAUAGUAAAGCCAAACAGAUGAGCAUAGGAAGGAAGAAAUUCAAUAUGGACCCCAAGAAAGGUAUCGAGUACCUAUAUGAGAACGGCUUAUUGCAGAGGACUCCGGAAGAUGUGGCGCAAUUUCUACACAAAGGCGAGGGUCUGAGCAAGACAGCCAUCGGCGAUUACCUCGGUGAACGGUCGGAUUUUAACGAGGCUGUGCUAAGAGCCUUCGUAGAAUUACACGACUUCACAGAUCUAAUACUAGUGCAAGCACUUAGGCAAUUCCUCUGGAGUUUCCGUUUGCCCGGCGAGGCGCAGAAAAUCGACAGGAUGAUGGAGUGUUUCGCGCAGCGGUAUUGCCAGUUGAAUCCAGACAUAUUCACGAACGCGGACACGUGUUACGUGCUUAGUUUCGCCAUAAUCAUGCUGAACACGUCGUUGCACAAUCCCAGCGUGAAAGACAAACCCUCGCCGGAGCAGUUCGUCGCCAUGAACAGGGGGAUCAACAACGGUGGAGACUUACCUCAGGAGUUGCUCUUGUCAUUAUACGAAUCGAUAAAGACAGAGCCGUUCAAAAUACCUGAGGACGACGGUAACGAUCUCAUGCAUACCUUCUUUAAUCCGGACAAGGAGGGGUGGCUCUGGAAACAAGGGGGAAGAUAUAAAUCAUGGAAGAGGAGGUGGUUUAUACUGAACGAUAACUGUCUGUAUUACUUCGAAUACACAACGGACAAAGAGCCCAGGGGCAUUAUUCCGCUAGAAAACAUAUCUGUUCGGCCGGCGAGCGAUCGACAGCGGCCGCACUGUUUAGAACUGUACGCGAGCGGCGGCGCUGACCUCAUCAAGGCGUGUAAAACUGACUCGGAAGGGAAAGUUGUUGAAGGGAAACAUACUGUUUACAGAAUGUCAGCAGCGACAGCGGAAGAGCGAGACGAAUGGAUCGAGUGCCUCCGCCGGUCGAUAAGCCACAAUCCCUUCUACGACAUGCUUGCACAACGCAAGAAAAAGGCGCAACAUAACGUACACUCUAGCUCCCACUAGUCCCCAAAUAUAUACAGAUACCUUAUCAAUAGAGGAUAUUUUCUAUGCAUAUAAACUACCGCCACUAAUGAUAUGAAGGCGCCCAUUGCUGUCAAGAGUUUAUAAGCCACCUUCGUUAUAUACGAAGGUCUUUGACAUGGCUUUAUGAACGGUAAACAACGAUACAGUUGUUAAUAACACAUUGGUGCGUUAGUAGACUUUUUAAUUAGGACAAUUAUGUGAAAAUAGGAGUUAUGGACAUCUCAAGUGUAAAAAAAAAAUACUUCUACCAUAUAAGACAGUGAUCUCAAAGGUAGGUAAAGCGACGAGUCAAUUUUACUAGCGGAAUAAUUGUUACAUGUUUUGUUGUAAUGACCAUCAAAUCUGCGUUGAGCCAAAAAAUGUUAUAGACUACAUCUACGGACUCUGUUAUUGAAUGUUACUUUGUCUCAUAAAAUACGUACAUAUUUUAUAAGAUAAAUGUUGAUUACAAAAAUACAUUCUACAACUUUGACUAUUGACUAUACUUAUUAUAUCAAAUAAUAUGUCAAAUAUUAGCGUGAUAUAACUGUGAAAAAUUAUUAUUUUAUCGUACCGUAUCCAAUAAAUAGUUUAAUAUUAUUUGAUGGAUCAUUCUCUCCGCUUAUUCGAUGUAUGCAAAAAUUAAUACAGAAAAUAAGCGUAAUAUAAUAAUAUGAAAUCCAAUAUCACUUGUGCAAAUAUAUUUCUUUUAAAUAUAAAGUUUUACAUGGAAAAUUUUUAAAUUAAUACUCUUACAACGACGAAUAAUUUAAAAGGCACUAUUUUUUUGUAUUGAAAUGCCAAAAAGGUUGUUACGAAUGAUAGAAGGCCUUUUAAUGGUAACACCAUUUUGUUGAACAAUAAGCAUGUUGCAUAUGUUCGUAUUAGAUAAUAUAGGAACCACCAUCAAUAUGAAAAUAUAGACGUCCAUCUUAUACAAUUGAUUUGUCAUUAGGUUAUUAGUGGUCGGACUUCAAUAAAAUGUGAUAUUUACAGUCAUGAUAUUACGGACUGACAAGAAUAUAUUGUAUAUUGCGUUGUGUGCAUAUCAUACAAUACGUUAAUAUAUCAUGAUCGUUCGGUACUUCAUGGUUGCCGCCAUAUUGUCCAUGUAAAUAAAAUGUUAAGACUGAAAACAUUACGAUGUACAUUUUAAUACAUUUGUUUUCUUCGAUUGGAAAAAUAUGCAGCAUAUCGUAUUAUUUGCGAGUACUGCUAUAUUAAUUGUAUCGUUUUUAAUAUUACGAAUACUACUACAAAUAUGUAUUUUUAAUUCGACAUUCAUCAGUCAUGCUUCUUAUUGCCUUGACAAUAAUAUAGUAAAUCGGAUUAUGUCAGAUAUGGCAAUACUUUAGUUUAGCGGUAUAAUGGCUAGCCGUUUCAGAGGAAUCGCGGGUAGGAGAAAUACAUCUGCUCUUGUGGAUCGCGGCACUAAGUGAAUUUGUAUUCAAUAAAAGUAUUACUUUUAAGAUAAAUAUAAUGUAAUAUACAGAAUAAUGUAAACUAAUGUAUAAAUAGUAUAGUUUUGUGGUACUUUGUCCAACGCCAUCGCUUUACUUUUCUAUCAGAAUGUAAAUAUGGCUGUACAACGUAAUUACGAGUACUACGUUGUUUAAGAUGAAUAAAUCUAACUUGUUAUGUAGUGUGGGGCACGCGAGACGUUUUGGAAUACAUUCCUGCAUAUUUAUUUCAUGUCUACAAUUAGUAUAUCUGUUUUCUGAUUCUGUAGUCUUAUUCCUUCUGUUAAUUUUAUUUUCUGUAUAUAGUACAUAUAUAUCUAUAUAUAACUUUAUUUAUGCACAUCACUAUUAAUAAUUUUAUCUAAUUAUAAAAUCUAUUUUAUUUUACAGUUUUAAUCGAAACUGUAGUUUUGUGUAAUGAUUAUUUUCAAAUCUUUUUUUUUUUAAGUUUUUGGGUUUAUUAUUAUUAAUUAAGUUUUAAAAUUAUUAUAAUGCGUGCUGAACGAAUUGUCGCUUUAUGGUCGAUAGUUAAUGAUGUUUAGAUGAAGGUGCCUAAAUCGAUCUGUAAUUAGUGUUAACUUUAGUAGUAGAGAAAUAACGUAAAACGCUGUAAAUUCGCCACAGAAAAUAUUAAUUUAUCUCAUUUGUAAUGUUUUAUAUGACUAUGGUUAUUGUGCAUAAUAAUUGUGUUGUAAAUAAUUUUGUAAGAAAUGAAUAUACAUAAAUAUCUUUAUUUA